UUCAUUGAGUCCUCUCUGAUGAUGUGUCGCUGUGUUUACAAAAUUGUCUGCUUUUAAAACCAACUUUUUCCAUUUUCAAACUUCCUACUUUUUCUCUCUCAUCACUCUCAAUUCUCCAAUCCAAUCUCUCUCUCUCUCUUCUUCAUCCUCCUUCAAUUUCAUACAAAAUCAUUCCUUAAUCAUCCUUCUCCUUUUUUUUUUAUUCUGGGAAUUUAAUUUUUCUUUUGAUGAAAUAGUAUUUUAUAUACUCUUAUUAUUAUUUCCUGUCCUUUUAACUUUUUUUUGUCUUUCUACUAUCAUACUCAUAUUCCUCGAUUUUCCCUUUUUUCUGGGUUUUUGGGGAAAUGAUUUUUUUCCCGUGACCCAAUUUUUCGUUUUUUUUUGGGGUUGAAGAUGAUGAUCAGAUACUUUGAUCGAGGCACUAUAUUAUCUGCAGUUUGAUUAAUUUUCGACGUUGAUUUUAGGGUUUUUUUUCUUCAUUUCGCCCAUCUUUAGGGUUUAACGUCAUUUCAGGAGGCUUUAAAUUUUCAGAAGACUAAGUCAGGACUAUGGUGCAUUCUGCAGAACGACCAAAAACUAGAGAUUCUCCUAAGAGUGAAGUAGGAGAGAUAGAUACCAGGGCACCAUUUCAGUCUGUGAAAGAUGCUGUCAAUUUAUUUGGUGAGGUUGCUUUUUCUUCUGGAGGAAAACCUGCAAUUAAGAAGAUAAAACCACAUUCAGCCGAGAAAGUUUUGGCUAAAGAGACGGAACUUCACCUAGCUCAGAAGGAGCUGAACAAGUUAAAGGAGCAACUAAAAAAUGCUGAAUAUACCAAAGCUGAAGCACUUGUAGAACUUGAGAAAGCUAAGAGAACUGCGGAAAAUCUAACACACAAUCUCAAAAUCUUAAAUGAAUCCAAAGAGGCUGCAACUCAAGCAACAGAAGCUGCAAAACAACAUGCAAAGCAGCUUGAAGAUGUGAACAGUGGCAAACAUGCUGUGACCAAUGGCUUUCAUAAAGAAGAGUCUGGGGAUGCAAAAGAACAUUAUACUACUGUAAUUUCAGAACUUAAUGCUGCCAAGCAAGAGCUUGCUAAAGUUCGUCAGGAUUAUGAUACGUCUUUGGAAGCAAAAGCUACUGCAACCAAGCAAGCUGCGGAAGCUAAGCUUACAACAAAAGCAAACACAGAACGAGCUUCUGAACUUGCUAAUGAAAUUACUUCUCUAAAGGAUACAAUUGAGCAAGUGAGGCAGGUUUUAUUCUCAGCCCAACAUGAACAGUCAAAGAUCUUCUCUGAGAAAGAUGUUGAGAGACAAUCUUACAAAGCCAGAUUGGAGGAAUCUUCAAGGAGGUUGCAGGAAAUGAAGAAAGAUUUUGAUCCUGAAGCUGCUAAAGACCUUGAGGCAAAACUGGCAGAAGCAACAGGUGAAAUUGAGUCUUUAAGAAAGGAAGUGGAUAAUGUUAGGGCAUUGGAUGUAGACUCUGUGAGAACUGUCACAUUGGAGCUGGAUGGUGCGAAAGAAUCUCUGCAAAAAGUGUUGGAAGAGGGAAGUGCCCUCCAAAACAUGGUGGAUUCUCUGAAAGAGGAACUAGAGAAUUUGAGAAAAGAGCAUGCAAAAUUAAAAGAAAAAGAAGCAGAAACAGAAUCCAUUGCUGGGAAUCUGCAUGUUAAGCUCCGUAAAUGUAAGUCUGAGCUUGAGACUUGCUUUGAAGAAGAAGUUACAGCUAGCGGAGCCUCCGAUGAAAUGAUUGCAACAUUGAAUCAACUGACAGAAGAAGCAGAAAAUGCUAGACGUGAAGCGGAAGCGAUGAAGAUCAAGGCUGAAGAGCUUAGAAAGGAAGCUGCGGCCACCCGGAAUGCCCUUGAACAAGCCGAUCAGAAGUUAAAACUGGCUCUUGAAGAAGCUGAGGAAGCAAAAGCAGCUGAGGCAAGCGCUCUUGAUCAGAUUCAGGCAUUGUCUGAACGAACAGAUGCUGCUCGUUCUUCUACUUCAGAGUCUGGUGCGAAUAUCACAAUCUCACGGGAUGAGUUCAAGGCUUUGAGCAGGAAAGCAGAGGAGUCCGAGAAGCUCACGGAGAUGAAGGUUGAAGCUGCUAUGGCACAAGUGGAGGCUGUGAAGGCGAGUGAAAAUGAGGCACUCAAGAGGUUGGAGGCUGCUCGCAAGGAGGUUGAUGAUAUGAAGGCUGCCACAGAGGAGGCCUUAAAGAAGGCAGAGAUGGCUAAUGCAGCCAAAAAGGCCGUGGAGAGUGAGCUUCGGAGGUGGAGAGAGCGAGAGCAAAAGAAGGCAGCUGAGGCAGCAUCCCGCAUUUUGGCAGAGACACAGGCCACACAAUCACAGAUUCAGGCACCUAUGCCGACGCACAUACACCCGAUGUCAACCAAGUCAGGGCCUGUUGAUUACAAGUAUCAAGUUCAGUAUGCAUCAGCAAAGGCUAAUGGGGGUAAAAUGUUGGAUAAACCAAAAACUUCAGUCUCAAAGAAAGUGCUCUUACCAAAUCUUAGUGGAAUAUUUCACAAGAAGAGAAGUCAAGCAGAAGGCGGAUCACCAUCGUAUCUCCCUGGUGAGAACUGAACUUUUGUGAUGGUUCAUUAUUUGGAGUAGGAAACCUCGCUUUUGGAUAUGUGUACAUUUGGGUAGAAGGUGGAACUUGUGUGUUAUAAUAUGUGAUCCAUGUGUGAUGUGUGAAGAGGACAUGGAUCACAUGGAUAUGAAUGUGAAGAAACAGUAGUCAUCUAAAAAGUCAUUUCUGUAUAGAACCGAGGUACUGAAUAAUUUUGCUUGUAUUAGUGUAGGUCAUUGUAUGGUAAUCUAUGAUUAUUGAGUGCAUGGAAAAUGGGGCAUGAAAUGCCAUCUCUUCACUUCA